AUGGCUCUGGGAACCGUAAUGUCGAAAGAACGCCUGCAUGCCCCUACACUACCGCCUCGUUCAAGCGAAAGUACAGACGCCGACGUAUCUUCUGCGAAAAUGGCAAAAUCUGUUCCAGAAAGCAGCGAUUCAACUCAGGAGAAAGACGAAGAUGUUGCUUCAACGGUGGCUGUGAACCAAUUUUGGCCAAAAGUCGUGGCGAGUGCGAAUAGGAAUCACAUGCCGGCGAGGACCGUGAAGUCUCAGUCUCAGUCAGAGGAGGACAAUGACGAAUUUACUUCAUCAUGUAAAUGUGAAAGGAUUUCUCUUCAAAAAAUGAAAGGCAAAUGGUCAAUGGCUCUGGCGUCGAAGGCACUCAUAGAGAAACUGCGAGCUAAACUAAGAAAAAUGCUACCGAAAGAAGCGAAUGCUCAACUGAGCUGCAGCAGAAUGACCAUGUUGACACCGAAGAUAUCUGAUGUCGCGCAAGAUGCCCGAAUAUCAUGGGAAUUUCGAACUACUGGAUCGCAUAAACAUUACCGGCUCACUGGUAGUGCACUCUCCAUGGACCAUAAGUCGGUUCGAUUACAACUGCGAGACCCAUCAAACGAGAUUUUCUCAGUACCAAUGUGUGUUCUCAAGUAUUCCGGCACAUUCGAAUACGAGUACAUGGUUGUGACCAAUGGCAACGGGCCAUGUCGAGAAGCUGCACUAGUCGUAAGAGACGUCGAUAAGUUCUUCGACGAAGACAAUCCUGAACUUGUGUCGUUUUUGAAAAGAAAAAUUGCCAACGAUGAAAUGGACACCAUGGACAUAGCACCAUUUGCAAGUGAAUGUUCACAAAAUUGA